GUAGAACUGGCGUCCGUCACAAAGUUUGAAAUCUCUGAAACGUUUCGAUAAAUCUGUGAAAUUAAUACAUAUACAUUUGAAUUUACGGUAAAAUGCAACCUAAUCAACCUGCAAAGAAAAAGACACGCACAGUCGUAGACAAAGAAAACAAAAACACCUCGCCCAGAAAAAUGGUAAAUAAGAUGCAACCGAACGUUGAGCAGUCCGAAGUGCCUCCGUUCGAAGGAUCCAGAAAACAAAAACCGAAGCGUGAGCACAUUAUAAUUCAACAAGAUAAUGAACCAAUCGGCAUAAAGCCCCCUUACAUGGACGAGAAUUUGUUAAAAAUAAAAAAAAUGUGCAAUUUUCCGGAACAAUUGCCAGACGAUGAAAAAUGGGAUAAAUAUGCUGACAAGGAUGAAUGUCCAGAUGUGAAGAGAUACCAGGCGCUUGUGUCGUUGAUGUUGAAAAGCCACACUAAAGAACCGGUCUUGAAAGCUGCCAUGGAGAGAUUGUUACAUCACGGAUGCACCGUGGCGAAAAUCUUGGAAACACCAAAGGAAAAGCUCGAGGAGCUCCUCAAACCGGUUAUAUUUUACAAGAUCAAAGUGGGGUACAUAAAAAACACCACGGCGGUUUUAGAUGCCCGAUUCGGUGGAAUCGUCCCUAGGAGUCUCAUGGACUUGAGUGUGCUUCAUGGUUUGGGUCCCAGUAAGCUACUAGAUUACAUGAGAACUGCUUGGUCAGCUAGCUUCGAAGUGGGUCCGCAUCUCCAUAGGAUCGCAAAUAGAAUAGGUUGGGUAAACACCACCACACCAGAGAAGACUCAGAAGGAGUUGAAGGAAUGGCUGCCCAAUGAGUUAUGGACGGAAAUUGACUUUGUCAUGACUUGUUUCGGAGAACGAAUUUGCCACACGACCAAACCCAAUUGCAGCAAAUGUUUAAAUUACGAGUUUUGUCCGCAAUUGGGAGUCGAGGAUUGUGAUGCCAAUAUCUAGACAUCCUUACUAGUUUUAUUAUCUAUUAAUCUAGAUAUUUUUUUUUGCAGUAUGCAUUUUAAUUUUAUGUUAAGUUAUGAAACACAAAUGUUGUUAAUUUACUAAACAAUAAAGGUUUAAUUUUCAAU